AUGUCCUCCCUGCUGCGCGGGAUGAAGGCCAAGAUGUGGCCAGCACCCGCUCUUAGCCAUGUAUUGCACACGGCAGAGCAUUAUAGCAAGGAGACCUGUGUGUGGCCCCUAUCUUCGCAGAAGGGGAAUAUCCCGCAGCCUUGCUAUCUGUUCAGCAAGGACUGCUCUGCAGGGGCUGUCAUGAUCAACAACAUCCAAGGUACAACGACACCAGACAAAAAUGUCCUCCCUGCUGUGCGGGAUGAAGGCCAAGAUGUGGCCAGAUGCAUAGUCAAGGAAGUGAAGGACUCUGGAUCGUUUGUGCCUCGCCUGGCGUGGCCGAGCGUGUUCUUCCUCCUCCUGGCGGCUGCGGGGCUCUUCCUUGUCGCUUCAGCGCGGUUCUUGGGGCGGCUGCUGCCGCGGAGGGCAAGACCCUGGGCGGCUGUAUUGGCCACGCUGGUCACCGGCGCGGUCUUCCUUCUCUGGUGCCUCACGGACCUGGGCACUGCCGCGACUUUUCGGGACGAGCGGCCGCUGUGGUGGUUUCUGGGCUACAUCCUGGAGCCGGCACACCGGAGGAUGCUGCUCCUGCAGUGGCCGCUGCUCUUGAUCGCUGGCGUGGUCGGCGCCGACCACCUCUCACGCAGGCUGGCAGCCAAGUCCAAAGGCUGCCCCUCGAACCGGGACAAGCACUUCGUGCGCAAGUCCUUCCACGCGCUGGCAAUAGCCUUGUUUGCGCCACCCCUGUUUGAAGGUCUGGCGCCUUUCCUCUCACUGUCGCUGCUGAUCGCAUCGCUGCUCUUCCUGGCGCUGGAGGCCUGCCGCUUCCACCAAACGCCUGGCUUGGCACCGCUGCUGGACAGCUACCUUGGCCAGUACCUAGACAAGCGCGAGGACAUCGCACGUGGAGACCUAGUUCUGACCCACCUCUACCUGCUGCUCGGCUGUGCGCUGCCGAUUUGGCUGGAGCGAUCUCUGGUCGAACCUCGAUGCCCCGACGCUGGAGCAGCGCUGCGGCAGUGGGCGGGGCUUCUGCUGAUUGGGGCUCCUGGGCACAGGUUGGCGACUCUUGCGCGGCCAUUGUCGGCAUCCUCUUCGGCAGGCUACUCGCCUUCAGAACUCUUCUGGACCUUCAUGUUGCGCCUGCUGUAG